CAUGGCGCUCACGUAUCAGGUGAACGCUGUGGGAAAGCUGGAUACCACGAGCAGUUUGAAUCCAAAACAAAAAGUCAGCAUGACCAGUGAGAAAGUUUCAGUCCUGUGCGGAGAGGAGGACGAAGCUCUGGAAUAUGACGACGACGAGUACGACCUGGAGGCGUUUUCUGAUGCCGACCUGAGCUGUGAGGACAGAGCUCCAGGCUUCAGUGAUUCCGUGAAUGGUGUGGUCAAACCUCGUAUUUUGUUGAUGGGCUUGAGAAGGAGUGGGAAGUCCUCCAUCCAGAAAGUGGUUUUCCAUAAAAUGUCUCCCAGUGAGACUCUGUUCCUGGAGAGUACUAAUAAGAUCUGCAGAGAGGAUGUCUCCAGCAGCUCCUUUGUCAGUUUCCAGAUCUGGGACUUUCCUGGUCAGAUUGACUUCUUUGACCCCACUUUUGACUACGAAAUGAUCUUCAGAGGCACUGGAGCAUUAAUCUUUGUCAUUGAUUCACAGGAUGACUAUGUGGAAGCUCUGAGUAGACUGCAUCUCACAGUGACCAGGGCUUACAAAGUAAACCCAGAUAUCAGCUUUGAAGUGUUCAUUCACAAAGUGGAUGGCUUGUCUGAUGACCACAAGAUCGAGAAGCAGAGGGAUAUCCACAAACGAACCAACACUGACCUCACAGAUGCAGGACUGGAGCAGAUACAUCUAAGCUUUUAUUUAACCAGCAUAUAUGACCACUCCAUAUUUGAGGCCUUCAGCAAAGUGGUCCAAAAGCUCAUUCCACAGCUGCCAACGCUGGAAAAUCUGCUAAACAUCUUUAUAUCUAACUCGGGUAUUGAAAAGGCCUUCUUGUUUGAUGUAGGCAGCAAGAUUUACAUCGCUACAGACAGCAGUCCAGUAGAUAUGCAGACGUAUGAACUGUGUUGUGAUAUGAUUGACGUGGUCAUUGACAUCUCCUGUAUUUAUGGUAUGCCAAACACUGAAGCUGGUUUACCCCAUGACAAAGACUCUAUGGCCAUCAUUCACCUGAACAACACCACAGUCAUAUACCUGAAAGAGGUCACCAAGUUUCUUGCCAUGGUCUGCUUCCUCCGCAAGGAAAGCUUUGCUAGGAAAGGACUGAUUGACUACAACUUUCACUGCUUCAAAAAAGCCAUCCAGGAGGUUUUUGAUGUUCGCGUAAAGGUUCAACAGAACCGAAAACUCCUCAACCAAAGGAGGUGGAGUAAACUGACUCUGACCAGCGGAGUGUGCAGCAGCACCCACUAACAACUGUACCUGAGCUGCACCCUGAUGGCUUUUUAAAAUUGUUUUCUUAGUGUGAAUCAUUUGCUCCAUUCAGCCCCCCAGUGUCUUUCACUUGUCUGUUUUUACUGGGCAAAAAUAACACAAGAAAACUAAACUACACAAAAAAAUUAAUAUUUAAGUACAUUUGAAGAUGUUUAUGAUGGGAACCUGAACCAAUUAGUAUGUUAAUGCCCCAUUUUUGCAGUGACCUGUGGCAUAUGUGGAAUGUUCACUUUUGGUCUGUUUUUUUUUCCGGUAAUGUGAAAAAAAUACUUUUAAAAUAAAGAAUUAUACAAGAGGCAGUAGAAUAGAAGAUCCCUUUAUUGUCAUUGUACAACAAAAUUUUGGAAACUCGAGUUCCCCGACUGUAUAGUGAAGUAUGGAAGUUGUGAUGGAAAAGCUUUUUAAACCGUACUUUCAGCCAAAGAGACCAACUCUUAAAGGUUUUUUCUUUAUCAGAUUUGACUGGUGAUUCUAUACAUGCAGUUUUUUUACAUCCAGGAAAGUGUUGAGAAAAACUGGGGAAGACACCACCACAAGGUAUGCAGAUUGGACCCAGACUGCUAUUUAGCCAUGUGGCAUAUGAUCGUCUGCUCAACUAGUGAGCUAAACUGGUGCCACAUACAUGCAGUUUUUAUGUCCCACUGACCACUGAAAUGGACAUUCUCUCCCUCCCCCAUUUAUUUUGAUAGGAACUUUACACAGACCAAAUUAAAUGUCUGAUUAUGUGUCAGAGGGGUUUUCAAGUGGUGAGACCUGUUCUGAUUUGUCAGUUAUCAUCCUUGUUUCAGUAGAAGAGUGGAGUCAGCAUCUCUUUUCUAUACAGUAUUUUCAUUAACAACUGAGUCUUCUAGCUAAAAGUUAACGUGAAAAUGUAAGUAAA